CAGACACGCAGUCCACAUUUCCACAGAGCGACUCUCAGUCUCCCUCCAACAUUUUCAGUGGAGCUCGGGUAACAAAACAAGCGGAGCCGGAACCGUCCAUCCGCGCUGUGACCCUGAAUAUCAGGUUGUUCCGUGGAUUGGAUCGCUUGGCUGCGUGCUGCUGGUUCUGGACUCCACCUCACACCUAUAGCUCUCAGGAUACAAGUUAUUUACAGUAGCAUAAGCGGAGAUCCUCUAAGAUGGGUUCCGUCCCAGCGUUGUCUGUCGUGAUUUUGGGCAUUGUGGUCCCAGCGCUGGCCGGAUAUAUUGAGGCGCUGGCAGCCAACGCGGGCACCGGGUUUGCCGUGGCCGAGCCGCAGGUGGCCAUGUUCUGUGGGAAGCUCAACAUGCACGUCAACAUUCAGACCAGCCGCUGGGAACCGGACCCAUCCGGAACCAAGAGCUGCGUGGAACACAAGGAGGGCGUGCUGCAGUACUGCCAGGAGAUGUAUCCCGAGCUUCAAAUCACAAACGUCGUGGAAGCCAACCAGCCCAUUCGCAUCGAGAACUGGUGCAAGAAGGAGAAGAAGGUGUGCAGAGGUCAUGCCCAUAACGUGGUGCCUUACAAGUGCUUGGUGGGCGAGUUCGUGAGCGACGUGCUCCUGGUCCCCGAGAAGUGCAGGUUCUUCCACAAGGAGCGCAUGGACAUGUGUGUGAGCCAUCAGCAGUGGCACAACGUGGCCAUAGAGGCCUGUGCCAAGAGCUCCAUGGUGCUGCACAGCUACGGCAUGCUGCUGCCCUGCGGCAUCGACCAGUUCCACGGCACCGAGUACGUGUGCUGCCCCUCCUCCCACGCCGCGCAGCCCGCGUCCCAGGAGGACGACCGGGACGAGGAGAUCGAGGAUGAGGAGAUAGACGAGGCCGACCUGGAGGAGGAGGUGGAGGAGGAGGUGGAGGAGGAGCAGGCGGCGCGCGAUGCCCUCUACCAGGCCAAGGCCAGUGAAACACCAGCGGAUGAGCAGCCCACACAAAAGGAGGAGGACGAGGACGAGGACGAGGAGGAGGAGUACCACUAUGCCUACGAGGACGAGGAGGCCGAUAAGGAGGACGAGGACGACAGGAGGGAGAGCAGCAAAAUGUCAGAGAGCCCCGAUGAGGACGAGAGCCUGCAGGAAGUGAAAGCGGUGUGCACCCUGCAGGCCGAGACCGGCCCCUGCCGGGCCUCCAUGCCCCGCUGGCACUUCGACCCCAGCCAGAGGAAGUGCGUGCGCUUUAUUUACGGGGGCUGCGCCGGCAACCGCAACAAUUUCGACUCGGACGAGUACUGCAUGGCCGUGUGCAAGCGCCUGACCGUGCCGACCCUCCAGCCCACCGACGACGUCGACAUCUACUUCGAGACCCCGGCCGACGACAAGGAGCACAGCCGCUUCCAGAGGGCCAAGGAGCAGCUGGAGAUCAGGCACCGCAACCGCAUGGAAAGGGUCAGGAAGGAAUGGGAAGAGGCUGAUCGUCAGGCUAAGAAUCUCCCCAAGGCCGAGAGGCAGACACUGAUCCAGCACUUCCAGGCCAUGGUGGAGUCCCUGGAGGAGGAGGCCGCCAGCGAGAAGCAGCAGCUGGUGGAGACGCACCUGGCCCGGGUGGAGACCAUGCUGAACGACCGGCGCAGCCUGGCCCUGGAGAACUACCUGGCGGUGCUGCAGGCCGACCCCCCCAGGCCCCACCGCAUCCUGCAGGCCCUCAAGCGCUACGUCCGCGCCGAGAACAAGGACCGCCAGCACACCAUCCGCCACUACCAGCACGUCCUGGCCGUGGACCCCGAGAAGGCGGCGCAGAUGAAGUCACAGGUGAUGACCCACCUGCGUGUGAUCGAGGACAGGAUGAACCAGAGUCUGUCUCUGCUCUACAAGGUCCCGUACGUGGCCGAGGAGAUUCAGGACGAAAUCGACGAGCUGCUGCAGGAGCAGAAAGCCGACAUGGACCAGUUCCUGUCGUCCAUCUCCGAGUCGCAGCCGGACGUCACCGUGUCGUCGGAGGAGAGCGUGGAGGUCCUGGGGCGGGAGGGAAAGCUCCCCCGGCCCGUCCAGGUCACGUCCCUGGGGUCGCGCUCGGAGCCAGAGGGCGAUCUAUCAGACUCCCCACGUGCCUUCAAGAAAGGCUCGGCCAUGUCUGGUCUGGACGGUCUGAUCGGCGCCGAGGAGCGGAUCAUCAACAGCAAACCCAAGAUCAGCGACGACGUGGUGAUUGAUGAGUCUCUGGAUGUUAAAGAAGUGGUUUACAGUGCAGAGAGAGUCAGCGUAAUGCAUGAUGAUGAGCUGGAGUCGUACCGUCCCCUGGGAGCGGACUUCAGCUUCGGGAGCAGCGCCCUGAUCGGCCUCCUGGUCAUCGCGGUGGCCAUAGCCACCGUGAUCGUGAUCAGCCUGGUGCUCCUGAGGAAGAGGCACUACGGCACCAUCAGUCACGGCAUCGUGGAGGUGGACCCCAUGCUGACACCGGAGGAGCGCCACCUCAACAAGAUGCAGAACCACGGCUACGAGAACCCCACCUAUAAAUACCUGGAGCAGAUGCAGAUCUGAGGGGGGCGCCACGGAGUCCGACAACCAAGGAGGAAUCGUACUACUGACCAAUAACACACGAUGCUAUUGUUAAAAUCGUUUGUAUACAUCCAAACUCCAUAUACUGGUUUGUUGAAAACAAUCCUUAAAAUUGCUACUACUGCUACUACUGCUACUAUUGUACUAUAGAGCUCAUUUUGACCAUGUUUCUUUUGAAAAGUGAUGUUUCUGCCAUUUUGCAUUAGGGAAAAUGUGAUUCUGCAGAUUUCUCUGUAAUUAUCGAUACAGCUAUCGCAGAUCAAGAUGUAUAACAUUUCUUCAGGCAUUUUCUUUACUUUUGGAAAGUGAAAGGCAAAUCAAACUGUGUUCUUAGCAGCCGUCAUCACAGCGGCGUGGAGGCGCCACGCCUUGUUUUUCCAUCACGCCAGUGGCGCCCACGCCGCCUCUGAAGGUCUGCUCCCAGAGAUUUGAUGGUUUAUUUUGUUUCUUUUUCCUCUCAAUAGAUUGCUUGUAAAUGAAGGUUCUUUGUACCACUUAAAAUGUAUAGUGAAACAACGAAUGAGAAAAAAUAAAAUCAUGUAUUAUUUACUUUCUGUUUUUUGUUAUGAUAACAGACAAAAUAUACAUAUACAGUUUAAAAUAUAUAUAUAUAAAAGAGUAGAUGUUUUUAUUCCACCUUUUUUCCAGGGAAGAUGUUCCGUGUUGGUUUAAGGUUGGUAGCUUGGUGGUCAUGGAUUUGUUGCAGGCAGUCUGCUGAGGAGGAGUCGGGUCGGUGAAGCUGUGCACAGGCCCCCAGCUCAAACACUGCUCACAGAACCUCCUGUGGACCCGUGCUAGAUGAAUGUGACAGACAGUAAAUGUGUGCUACAUAGUUGAAUGUAUUGUGGAAACUUUGUUCCCUCUACUAUGUAUUUGUCAGCUCCGUUGAGGCUGUUUUGUUUUUUUCAAUGCGGCGCCACAAAUAGGUAGGCAGAAAUUAUACAAAGCAAAAACACAAGUACCCAACACUGUACCUUCACUGUUUUAUCCUUGUGGAUCGAAACAGGGCCGGCCCAAAGUACAACACCGAUACAAAUGACCCCCACGGAUGCCAGAGGCUCCAAAUUAAAUUAACGUUUAUAUGAUUGAAACCUGCUUAAUGAACAAGAACAUAAAUAUACAAAGCCUGAGUAUUUUAACAAAUAGUGUGAGUCUAAAGCAAUUUGGGGGUAAUUUGGUGGCGACAACAAACGCUGCUAUGCAGAUUCAGGGCUUUGGGCCACAGAAUCCCUGGGGCCGGCCCUGGAUCAAGGCCACCUGAAGACCACUUGGAGCUGGAGGGCUGUGCAGGCAGACAGAGACAGAAAGACGAGGCCUGGAGAGUCUGUUGUUCUAAAGGAAAAAAGGAAUGAAACGAUAGAAGGUGUAUUUUUACAGGUAGACGAUCCUUUUCUCUCUCUCUUACUAUUGUCUUUGUAUGCCUGUAUAGUUGAUGUUGCAAUCAUGGCUUUUUCCGGAGGACUUUCUGUGGUGUGCAUUGUUCUUAUAUAAAAUGAUAUGAUAUAUAUUUUUGAGUUUGUUUUCUUGUUUUCUAUUUUUUUCUCUUCCUGUGACAGUAUCUCUGUAUGUGACUGUCUCACUAUGCACCCAAACGGCUUCAAUCGUGUUAUUGCCUGCUUGAUGAUGGGAGGGGCCUGGGAACUAAUAUAUUAUGCAUAUUAGUGAUUUAAAAAAAAUGAUUGAAACCAAUGGAACAGAAACAAAUUUCUGGUUUGGGGGGAUACACAUCAAUAAACUCACAACUUCUGUA